CACCCUACCCGUGCCUACCCGCCCCGCGCCGGUCGCCGGAGCAGCGAGCGACCAGCAGCUAAAGCCGACGAGGAAAUGCCGCCGCCGGAGGAGCGCAGCGCGCCCUCGCCGGCGUACUCCAGUGAGUGGACGCAGCGGUUCCUCGAGCGGCUCGGCGUGGAGGGGACGCUCCCGGCCUCCCUCGACCACCCCGGCGCCUACUCCGCGCUCGUCCGCAGCGUCCUGUCCUCCGCCGCCGUCUCCGUCUCCGUCUCCGACUCCACGGCCCCGCGCGUCUCCUGCACCCUCGCCGUCUCCCCCGCCGCCGUCAACGCGUACAACACGCUCCACGGCGGCAUGGUGGCGGCCGUGGCGGAGGCCGUCGGGAUGGCGUGCGCGCGCGCGGCGGUCGGCGACAAGGAGAUGUUCCUCGGCGAGCUCAGCACCGCCUAUCUCUCCGCCGCCCGCCUCAAUUCUGAAGUGGAAGUUGAAGCGCAGAUACUGAGGAAGGGCAGAUCUGUGGUGGUUACUGCGGUUGAGUUUAAGCUCAAGGGCACCAAGAAGCUCUGCUACUCGUCUCGAGCAACCUUCUACAUCUUGCCCGUGGCGAGCCUGUAAAUUACAAUCGCGUGGAUGUUACACGGAUAGCAUAUCUAUUUGCACAACCAGUAACUGUUUUGAUGAUGUACAAUUAACCCAUAUAAAUUUAUGACAUGUAUCAUUGCAUAUUUUCGAGCAAAUUUGCAAUUCAUUCCCACUAAGUAGGAAAUACAUUACUUGCCAGCAGUAUCAAAUUGU